GCCUGAAGAUUAGUUGCAGGUCCCUAGCGCUUGGUAAUGUGAAUGAUAGUGGGGGUGCUGCAUGGGGUAUGGUGCGUUAUCAUAAACACGGGAGCAGAGGAGUCGGUCUGGCGAGUUUCACCCAGAGACAAGAGGAAGAGGCAGGGGUCAGGCAUGGGCUGCAGCCUCAGCCGAGCUUGCUGUAGCAAGGUCCGGAGGAGAAGGAGAAAAGAUGCAGCCAAAGAGCGUGGGAGCUUAUCCCGGGAGCUGAACACACUACAUGAUGGAUGUAAGCCUCAGCUGGAGGGUCGGGGGCCGGAGAAGGCAAGAGUGUCCGUGCAGCCCGAGCAGCACGAGUGGGAGCUGAGGAGCCUCCAGGAGACCCUGACUGCCGCGGGGAUCAAGGAAAGAGAGGAGCUGCUGCAGACUCACCGAGAGGAGCUCCAGAGAGUCAUGCAGGAGGUCACUGCAAAGGUUGAAAAGGAGAAGACUGGAGAGCUGGAAGCAGUCUUUUCUGAGCAGGUUCAGUCUCUCAAAGCUGAGCACGUGAACACAGUAGCAGAGCUCCAGCAAUCGCAUGACCUUGAGAAGAACUCUUUGACAGAGUCCUUUGAGACAACUCGGACAUCUUUACAGAGCAAGAUUGAUGAGCUGUCUGCAGAUCUGCAGGUGUUCAACGAGUUGAAGAGGAGAGUGGAGGAGUCGGUCCUGAAGAGAGACCUACACAGAAAUAUCCAGGCCCACGGGAGUCCUGGCCCUUUCUGGGAGCAGGAGCUGGAGAGCUUGCUGUUUGUGAUUGAAAUGAAGUGUGAGCGAAUCCAGGAACAAGGCAAGAAGCUGCUCCACAUGGAGACUCUGGCUGAGAAGAACCUCUCGCUGGAGGACAGGGUGAAGAAUCUCCUUCAACAGAACGAGGACUUGAAGGUCCGCUUGGAGAACCACCAGGCUUUCAUUAAGCAGCUGUCCCGGGAGCACACUUUGCUACAGGAAUCGCUAGAGAAGGAGACCAACCUGAGCCAGAAGCUGCACCGUGAGAAGGAAGAGCUUGUAUACAGGAUGAUCAAUGGGAACUCCUCGCCCACCUUCCACCUGUCCGGCAAGGCCCCGCCUCCCCUCACACCCGAGCUCUCCCCCAGGUGACCACAGGGGGGUGCUCUUCGGAAGUCUCUGACCUGUAGAUUCCUCAGACUGCCCCUGUACUCAAAUUCUCUGAAUCAAACUGGAAGAUCUACACGCAGUUGCAUCACCGCAGGAUAUUUUUCUAGGAUAUUGUUGCUCUUUUUUAGAUGUUCUUCCUAAACAGUCAACUGUUUAAAGUCAGUGGUGCAUGUUUCAGAUGGGUUCUACCUAACUGCAGCAUUGAGCAACUAUUAUGUUAUGGACAUUUUGACAGGUCCUUUCCUGCUGUUAUCAUGACAGCUGGACUGGGAGCAAAGCAGGGGUCCUAAACUGUGAAGCAGUUACAGUAUGCUUAUACAUAUCCCAGCGUAAAGAACAUUGACCCUGCAUGCUUGUCUGCUGUGGUGUUAUCUACAUGGACUGUUACUAUUAAAAACAUGUCCAUGCAAAUGUUGAUCAAAUCCAGGUGAAAAGUACCAAAGAUAUGUAGAUGACAAGUGCCAAGGCAGAUGCUAUGUUAGAGAUGCAGUUUUCUUUUUCAGUGAAGAAGUUUCAUCCCAAUUAGAAUGAUUGGCUGUCUAGUUGCAUCUGAAGAUGUAGGCGAGACAUGCAGUAUGCAAGCUGCACCACUAUACCACACUGGUCUUGUUUAUUUGUUCUUGGGGGUUACUGCAUGUGGCCAUUCGUCGAUGAUUUCAUCCUCCGUGAUUCUAGCUGGAUAGAGUGGGAUGUGGGAACCUGCUGCAAAGCCUGGCCCCUAGAAUGGCCCUUUGUGAGACAUCAGUAAUCUGUACAGUCUUUAAAAAAGGAAGCACCUGCCAACCAAGCUUCCACAAUAUAUUCAUUUGCAUACACAGUAAUAGGCAAUGUCCGCCACAGCCUAUUUAAAAAGAAGUUUGUGCUGCAUAUCACAGGUCUUUCCAGUUUUUGGUUGUACCCUCUUCUUAACCAGUGGAGGUGGGUGUGCAUCCAUUAACAGUGUGAAGUUCCCAAUAUCCACGCUACUAACCACUUUACAACAGAACAUAUCCCGGGUUUUCUAGCCAAUCUGUGUCCCGUCCUGAAGGCAAACCAACCCCCUCCACAUGAAUGCUUGGAGUGUUUUUGUUGUUUGUUUUGUUUUGCCGUGUAAUUAGAAUAUCCUCUAUUUCAAAUGUUUUUUUUUUGGUUAUGUUUUAUUUUGGAACAAGGACCCACAGUGGUUGCACAGAGCGCUGGGACAGAUUCGCAAGGCAUUUGCUUUUUAAUUGCAUACGGUACAGUAUACAUCUACUACACAAGCCUUUUUAUAUGUAAUAUAACUAGUGUGUGUUUCCUUUUUUUAUGAUGAACUGAUGUAGAGUGGAGUAAAUGCUAAGUGAAUGUGGCCCUCCUUGAAUGUCUGUCUCCAUUCCUGGGAAUGGAUCACUGUUAGCGCUAAUAUAAAGUGUGAAAUCACUGCUGUUGGUGAUGUAAUGCAGUGCACAGCUGGGGUGACAUCACCAUUCGGAACAGGUGUUCACAGAGGGGCCCAGGCUGCUUUUAGCUGCACAGUUCCAGCCCCACUAUGUCUUUUAUUGGGGCAUGAUUUUAUUUGAAACUUUACCUUGUGACUGCGUCUCGCUGGGCAGGAGGGAGGACCCUGGCAGUACAGGCUUGGGAGUAUGUGAUUGUAUUUCUAAUAGCUUGUGUUCUUCACUCAGAUCAGGCUGUUUAAAUUCCAGGAAGAGCGGUUAGGUAAACGCUGGUAAGACCCGUCCUAUUUUUUUUUCGUCGUGGGAUUUCAUUGUUGUCCCACAUGGCUUGUUUUUGAUGCAUCUCCACAGCUGCUUUGUUCCCACCCUGUGUUCCAGCCUGUCCCUGGAAUUCCCAUCCACAUCAUUCCCAGAAAAGACUGACAAGAAACGAAAAGCACUUACAAUGGAACCAUGUGCAUUAGGCAAUCUUUAGUAGUGAAUGGUAUUCAAAUGCACACGUGCACUUUUUAUUCCAUUUUUUUUUUUUGAGUGGAUUUAAUUUAUUUGUUUUUAUUUAAUGAGACUUUUUAUUUUAUUAUUAUUAUUAUUUAGUCAUUUAGCAGAUGCUUUUAUCCAAAGCGACUUACAGAGACUUGGGGGUGAACUAUUCUUCAACCACUUACAAUAGUACCUCGGUUUUACCUCUCGUCCGAAGGACGGGCUUUCGAUAUAUUUGGGAUAAAAAGGUGCAUAUGCAUAUUAAUGUGUUGUGCUUUUUAUUUGGUGGUGCGAUUGGUGUAGCAAAUACCUCGCAGAAUAAGGGAGUUUUUCAGGACAAAAAAAUUGUGAUGUGAGCCAAAAGUUUUAGAUUUUUUAUUUUUUUUUAUUUUAAAAUAGUCACCAUUGACUGACUUCUGUGAAAAGUACAGAUUUGACUUAAUGGAUGCAUGUAAUAGAAUGCUUUGAGUGUGAGUGUUAACUAUGAUUGCUGACAUUUUCUGGGGAGGGUCGUUGUUUUAUUGGCAGUGGAAAUUGGGGGUGCAACAAGGCCGUUUCUGAACGUUUUGCAAGGAAUAUGAAUAGAGCUACAUUGACACUGUUUUAAGAUUUUAUGAACAAGCCGUGUUGCAUUUGGAAAUUUACUUAGUAAUCAAACCGAUCAAUAUAUAUCCCCAUCAGUCACUGCGUGCAUAAUUGUACCAUGUUAAGUUUUCUAUCUAUGCCACUAUUUUACAAUGCAUAGUGUUUUAAAAUGUCUAAUCUUGCUGUUGCCAUUGCUAUCGGCUCAGCAAUUACAAUCUUUUGUUUAUUAUUGUUCACCAGCCACCUGUUCAAAUGGGAAGGUACCUGUAAUGUUAAAUGAGUUCUGCCUCAGGUCUUGUCUGACCUUUUUUUUUCCAUGUAUGUAUUUGAAUUUACCUCACAUCAUUGUCAAAGGGUGAACGUGUUUAUUUUUGCAGAACCAGUUUUUUCAGUUGUUCCUUUUCAGUUGUGUUUCAGAAUGAGUAAACCUCUUGCAGAACUGCACUGGUGAGUGCUGUUAAAAUUCAAAGCAAUUGAGCUUAGUGUUCUGAACUCGAUCCUCCCAGGACAUGAGUGAGGAUCACAGUGUGGAAAGUAUUACCACUGCUUUAAUUGGCUGUGUAAGGGAGUAGUAACCGUGUGAGAAUUGUAAUUUUAAGAAAAUGUAUGUCUGUGAUUACACUUUGCAUCAAACCUGCUUUCCAAUGUGAGACCACACACUUCAUUAUGUAGAGACUGUUAUUGUGAACAGAAUCAUAAAAAAGGAAUGCUGGAAGUGUUUAUUAAAAAAAAAAAAAAAACACUUUAAAUACAUGUUUAGCUUUAAUGAAGAUGCUGCACAUACCUAUGAGGAAACACAAACAAAAUGACCUGGAUCUGUUUUCCUUUUAAGAGGUCAUUCGCCAAACAAACUAGGUGGCUGAUUUGGAAACAGAGCAUAUGCCUUUAUUCUCGUCUAUUUAAAAAAAAAAAAGUUUACAUAUAUAUUUUGAAAUCUA